AUGGUGUACGCUAGAGAUCGCCUGCCAGAGAAGCUAGUCGCAGAGAUCGACGGCGGCAAUCUCGAGGGCGUCGAGGCAAUCUACGAUUUAGAACAGGGUAGGUCCAAGCAAUCGGCCUUGCUUGAAGGUAUCGCCGAGCGGGCCGUAGAAAAGUCGCAGCUGGAAAUAAUCGACUGGGUUUUUGGCAGCAAAGGCUACCGCGUUACCCCCGACUCGCUGAACAACGAGGUCUACCAUCAGGCCUGCUUCGCACACUCCCUCGACGUGUGGAAGGCGCUGGUCAGGAACGGCUUCGACCUCAACGUCCACCACAGUGAGUUCGUCGGCGACGCGCUGAGCCUGGAGGCGUACCACGGCAACGUCGACAUCGUCGGGUUCGUCUUGGAGAACGGACAGGACCCCAACAAGGCGUGGGGCUACGACGACCAGGAGCCUGCCCUCCUGGCCAUGACGGGCGCGAAGCCCUCGCUCGAGAUCAUCCGCUUGAUGCUCCGGCAUGGGUGGAGGCAGCAGCAGAGCACCGCGCUCAUUGCGGCCGCCGAACGAGGCAACUUGGACGCGCUGCGGUUGUUGGUGGAGCACGGCGCCGACCUCGAGCACGUCGAGGCGUGGUGGUUCACUCACACCGACGUCGAGGACGACGAGUGGGGAACGGCCCUGUACCGCGCCGCCUUCAGGGGCCAGGCCGAGCCCGUCGCGUAUCUGUUGGACAGGGGCGCCAGCACCGCCUUCAAGGACAAGAAGGGGCGUUCUGCCCUGUGGGCGGCGAAGCAGGGAGGCAACGAAAAGGUCGUUGAGCUGCUAAGGGGGGCUAGGCUUGAGGCAUAA